AACAACGGCUCAGUUUCGCAGAGAACACCGUGCGGGCCACAUCGCUUUCCCACACUCGCUCCAAGGCAGGAAAAGCCAACCGAAAGGGAAGAGCAUACUCGCGCGCGCGCCUGCCCCAAAACGUACCGCCACACCAUCCAUUCCACUACUCUGAAUCUUUACAUUUCCUUGCAGUUCCUUUCGCGAAUCCUUGCAGUAAUAUAUCGGAUCUUUUCGGUGUUUGUUUGAAGGAAAAGAAUGCUAGUUCAGUCACUUUAGUUUACUACCGGAUGCGAACAUAAAAGAAAGCCGAACGAGCUCAUGUGAAAGAUUGUCACCGGGAAUCUGCUGCUGUUUUGUGAUGUUCUAUUUUUAAUAGUGAGGGAAGAAGCCUAGACAAUUUUUCGGCACUCGAUGAAGCAUCAGCAGAAGUGAUUUGUUGUCUGCUCAGAAGCAGCAGCCGCAGCAGAAUCAUCGCUCCUUGAGAGAAUGCAGCAUACAUUCUUCGUGGGAAAUUUACCGUGAAAAGAACAGAACAAUCAUCGUACGUGCUGCCGCAAAUGUUCACAUGCACUCACAUCGUAGGCCAAGCUCAGCUCCCCGCGAAACGAUUGUGUCGAACUCAUCGCGGUUGAGCUAGAAGUGCAUCAGCGACAGCGACGUGUUGCCACCGAAUCGUCCGCCAGUUAGCCGGUUUGUUGUUUUAUAGAUGCAAAAUAUCACCAACCAAGCCCAGCUGUAACCCACCUAUCUUCCUCCCAACCAACCAUCCGACGCGACGCGAUCAUCGUCCGAGUUCUUGCUGAAGAAGGGGCAACCAGCAGCGAAUAUCGGGCCAAGUUCACGCGCAGUGUGUCAGUCAGUGUGUUUUGUGAUAUACAUAUUUAAUUCAGUGCUACACGCCAAUUGAAGCCAAUUACAGCCAAAGUGUGACCAGGGCGGGGAAUAGUGUCUUCUCGGAACGGCUCGGAAGAAAUAUCUACUGAUAGCAACAGCUCGCUCGCAGAAGCCUGUUCAACCUUCUAUACCCGGAAACGACCCCGAAGAGCCCAUCCCAGCUCCGGAGCCAAGGUUAUUGAUGGAUCAACCAAUCGACCGCACCGAACCAUCUCCGUCAUCACCAUCAUCGUCGUCGUCGUUGGUGACAAACCUACCACUAUUCUAGCUGUUCUAGAUGAAAGGACUCAACAGGACCAAAUGUCGCAUCGUUAGGCGCUUGUUUUUGUUUUUCGCCACCCUCUCGGUCAUCCCGUUCACGGUGCUCUAUCUCGUCACCUCCGAUCAUCUGUAUCGAUUCAGGGCGUACAAUUACGGUACCGGCACUAAUGGCUCCCGACAUCAGCUCCAGUUCCACGCGGUGCAUCAUCCUCCUCCGGCCGUGGUCCACCAUCAGCAGCAGCAAUACCGGAAGCACCAACAGACGACACACGACCAACAGCUUCAGCAUAAAGCCAUUAAGAAUAGCACUAGUAACCAAUAUCUGAUAGACAUGGACUACAUGAAGCACCGCAUGGAGGAACGCGUGACACGAUUAAACGACAAGUGCAACGAGUAUAGAUUAAACGAACCAAAGCAAAACUAUAAGCCCAAAGCGUGGGAAUAUCUCAUCAACCGGGAGUACCACCUGGUGUGGUGCAACGUGUUCAAGGCGGCGUCCACCUCGUGGAUGUACAACUUCAACCUGUUGGCCGGGUACACACCGGAGUUCCUCAAAAAGACCAAAGAUGUGCCACUGCAACUCGCCCGGCAGCGAUAUCCCAGGCCGUCGGUGGAUGCGCUCCGCGAGGCCAUCAACGGUUCGAUCUCGUUCGUGAUCGUGCGACACCCCUUUGAAAGACUGGUUAGCGCCUACAAGGACAAAAUCCAAUACGCACUGCCGAACUCGCACCACCACAAGCUCGGCAUCCGGAUUAUCCAGAAGUAUCGCAAGCUGGCCAAGGGUCAGCCUUGGAAUACCCAAAAGUAUCCCACGUUCUCGGAGUUUGUCAAUUACCUGCUGGACGAGGUCCGGCAUCCGCACACCGAGAUCGACAUGCACUGGAUUCCGGUGACGUACUUCUGUACGCCCUGUUUCUUCCAUUACGAUGUGAUAGCCAAAUUCGAAACCCUGGAGGAGGACCAAAACUACCUGAUAGCGGUGGCGCAGCUGGGGCACAUGAUAAAGCCCCAGUGGCGGAACGCCGGCAAGGGGGCCCACACCAACGACCUGGUGGUGAAACUGUUCACCGAACUGGUUGACGAGCAGGUCCGAUGCCUGUACGAGUACUACAAGUACGACUUUGAACUGUUCGGAUACAGCACGGAUGACUACUUCAGCGGACGGGGGCGCUAGAAGGGGUUUCGUUUGUUUUAGAAUCAUCAAAUUACACUGAUCGCCUACAGACCUAGACGUUGUCCAUGAAUUACGUAGCGGUUCUACUUUUUAGCGUUGCGUAACUAAUGUGCACCGCCUUGACAUCAGUUUUGAUAUUACCGCGCGAGAGAAUGACAGCAAAUAGCAACUGAUGCAAAGAAACUUUUCCUAGAAUCGCAAAAAUAUAUAUUUUAUAUCAGUGAAGUGAAAUCAAUUUUGAACGUCCACUAGUACAUAGGAAAAAUACAAAAUUAUAACAGCAGCUUCUCUUUCUACGAUUGAAUUUUGGCCAAAAACAUAAUUUUCUUAUCAUACAACAACUAUGUAUUCACGAGAAAUGCGUAGAAUAAAAACUAUCUAAUGCUUAUCUAGAUUUUCAGUGAAAGUCCAGAGUAAGUUGUCUAUUAAUUCGGGGGGAAACAGAUAUACAUAAUUGGUAAUAAGAGCUGUAGAUUUCAUUAUUUAGUCAAUUUAAUUUUCGGAUAGGCACUGUUGAAUGCUCAAAUUUAGAUGGAUCUAAACUUAAAUUAUCGUUGUUGUAACUUAUGUUGCGAAGAACGCAUGCAUCGGACAGAGAUCUCAAUGAAUAAUUUCCUUACUGAAAUUUGACUUCCUAAUACAUAUAUAGCUUCAAGCUCUGAACUAUCCUGCUUUUUAGAGUAUUCAAUAAGUAGAAUAUAAUAACAACACCAAAGUCCAACCUUACACAAAAAGAGAACAUAAAAGACAAAUAGUUGAAUUUUCAUUAGUGUUUAGCAGUUUACAUUGCAUUGAUCAUUUAUGUUGCAGUUAGUUGACAAUACCAAUCAACGAAUUUUGAAGAGUAUCAAUUUAGAAACAAGAGAAAAAAAACCGAUCAAUUCGCAUAAAUUCGAUCAAUUAUAAAAUCGAGCGUUACUUAAAAAUAAUCAAUUGAAAGAAAGCUACCAACAUUAAGUAGGAAACAAAAGUCGCAAGGUGUAGGAGAAAAAAAAAUGUGAUGAGCAGAAAGAUAUCAAUUGUAGAUCAAUGAAUUUAAAUUCCAAAUAAAAAUGGCAAUAAUAAAUACAUUUCAAACGAUAAGAAUCAUCUUAA